AUGGAGGAUCUUGUGUUUAAAACAUUGGAGUGGCAUGUGCAAUUUAAAGCAUGCAAUACUAGAGCUGAAAACGAUCGAGUCCCUCACCAUGUACGGUGGAUCAAACAAGGAAGGAAGGUGCGUUGGAUAAGGAAGGAAGGAGCAAGGGUCUUGGGGGGUGUCUUCGAGAUUCUACUAGAAGUUUUAUCUAUGGGUUUGCUUGCAAUGGUCCACCGAGUUUGA